AUGGACUCGUUCGAGACCUGUGAGGCACGUUCCUUCCGCAAUGUCGGGAACGUCAAGUUCGUCCUCGAAAAGGUCGAUGGCAACGACGCCAAGGUCAUGAUCAUCGCCCCAUACGAGGUACAGAGGAACCUCUACAUGUACGAGCUGCGAGCUCGCCCGCUGCUCGGAACUUGGUACAGUGGGUUCAAUUCCACCAGGAGAUGGACAUGUUCAUUCAAAUCGACAUCGAGACAGCCAAGGAGUAUCGAAUUGUAUGUUACAAGUGCUAUGGGAUUGGCCACAAGGGACCAGAGGGCCCAAUACCGGAAAGACUCUCAACUGCCAUCCAAGAAGCCCCAGGAAGCCAAGAAGCCCGAAGAAACCUCUUCUACAGCCGAGACUGCUUCCACUGUUCGCACGGCUCGAAACGAGCGAGAGAAGUCCAGAAAGACAAACUGGGCACUGAAGAAGAUGUUCCGCGACAUUCGCAAGGGCCCUGUCGACGACGAUGCUACCGAAGACAACGACGAUGCCGAGCAGCCCAACUCAUCUGGUGGCAACGAGUUCACUCCUGCAGCUGACACUUCUGGUGGCAACGAUUGGAACCAGGCAGCUGAAACCUCUAGCAGCGGUUGGGGCGGCAAGGUGUGGAAAGACACUUCUGGCGACGGAGAGGCUACCCAGCAGCGCACACUUCUGGAGGCGGAGAUCUCACCCCUGCGGCUGACACUUCUGGCGGCCGAGGUUGGACCAGCUUUGGAACUGCCCCUGGAUUCGGCAACGAUAAACAGGGAAAGAGCUUCACAGGAGAGCCAUCAGAAAGCAGUGGAUAUCGCCCUCCAAGCGCAUGCUGGAUAUUGGCACAAUCCCAAAGGGCGAUGGCAUCCCUUCAAGGACCAGUUGCCCGCAUUCGCUGUGUUUGACACCAAUGAGCAAUACUACGUCACGGUGGCCAUUGGAAACCAGCAAGAGAAGAAGUUCCACGACCGCCAACACGUUUAG